GCAUUCUAAAGUUAACCGGAAGUUGAAAGGUGCUUCCUGUGAACGUUGUUAGCGCGACUUGGCUCCGACAAAGUACUCGGGAGUGUUCGACACGUCGCAACCAUGCCGCCCGGGCCUGUUCAGCUCGUGCAGCCGGAGCCUAACGAUAAGCCGGCUGACGAACCGAAGGAUGAGACCCCGGCCACGAAGCCCAUCGUGGGGAUCAUCUACCCGCCGCCCGAGGUCCGCAACAUCGUGGACAAGACUGCCAGCUUUGUGGCCAGGAAUGGACCAGAGUUUGAAGCUAGGAUCCGCCAGAAUGAGAUCAAUAACCCCAAGUUUAACUUUCUGAACCCGAACGACCCGUACCAUGCCUACUACCGGCACAAAGUCAAUGAGUUCAAGGAGGGCAAGGCACAGGAGCCGUCGGCUGCCGUGCCGAAGGUCAUGCAGCAGCAGGCCAUGCAGCAGGCACCGCAGCAACAGCUUCCCCAGAAGGUCCAGGCCCAGGUCAUCCAGGAGACCGUGGUGCCCAAGGAGCCCCCACCAGAGUUUGAGUUCAUUGCUGAUCCACCAUCAAUUUCUGCGUUUGAUCUGGAUGUGGUCAAGCUGACAGCGCAGUUUGUGGCCCGCAAUGGACGUCAGUUUCUCACACAGCUCAUGCAGAAAGAGCAGCGCAACUACCAGUUUGACUUCCUGCGUCCACAGCACAGCCUCUUCAACUACUUCACCAAGCUGGUGGAGCAGUACACCAAGAUUCUCAUCCCGCCAAAAGGCCUUUUGCUGAAGCUGAAGAAAGAGGCAGAAAACCCCAAAGAGGUUCUCGACCAGGUGAGAUACCGUGUGGAAUGGGCCAAGUUCCAGGAGCGGGAGAGGAAAAAAGAGGAAGAAGAGCGGGAGAAGGAGCGUGUGGCCUAUGCCCAGAUUGACUGGCAUGACUUUGUGGUGGUGGAGACUGUGGACUUCCAGCCCAAUGAGCAAGGUAACUUCCCCCCUCCUACCACACCGGAGGAGCUUGGAGCUCGCAUCCUUAUUCAGGAGCGCUAUGAGAAGUUUGGAGAAAGCGAGGAGGUGGAGAUGGAGGUAGAGAGCGAAGAUGAGGAGGAUGAGCGGGAGGAUAGAGAGGAUGGCCACCCAUCACAGCCUGACCAGGACACACAAUUGCAGGACAUGGAUGAGGGCUCGGAUGAGGAAGAUGAAGGCAUUAAAGCCCCGCUGCCUCCAGACACUCCUAUGCCUCCCCCGCUGCCUCCCACUCCUGACCAGGUCAUCAUUCGCAAAGACUAUGACCCCAAGGCCUCCAAGCCCCAGGUCCCAGUGGCAGCUGCAGACGAGUACCUCAUCUCCCCUAUCACUGGAGAGAAGAUCCCUGCCAGCAAGAUGCAGGAGCACAUGCGUAUCGGCCUGCUGGACCCGCGCUGGCUUGAGCAGAGGGACCGCAACAUCCAUGAGCGUCAAAUUGAGGAUGAGGUGUACGCCCCUGGCCUUGACAUUGAGAGCAGCCUGAAGCAGCUGGCUGAGAGGCGUACCGACAUCUUCGGUGUGGAGGAGACGGCCAUCGGGAAGAAGAUUGGGGAGGAGGAGAUCCAGAAGCCAGAGGAGAAGGUAACGUGGGACGGGCACUCAGGCAGCAUGGCUCGCACUCAGCAGGCGGCGCAGGCCAACAUCACCUUGCAGGAGCAGAUCGAGGCGAUCCACAAGGCUAAGGGCCUGGUACAGGAAGACGACACCAAGGAGAAGAUUGGCCCCAGCAAGCCGAGCGAGGCCCCACCACCACCGGUGCCCUCCACGGCCCCCAGCCUGCCAAAGCCCUCGCCUCCAGUCACUUCAGUGGCCCGCCCUCCUCCAGCUGUUCCCCCUCCAGUACGCACCACGCUUCUGCCGGCAGUGCCUGUGAUCCCACGCCCUCCCAUGGCUCCUGUGGUGCGGUUGACCCCCGGACAAGUGCUCACCCCAAUGCCACCCAUGCUGCAUGCCCCGCGCGUCAAUGUGGUGCCCAUGCCCCCCUCGGCACCCCACAUCAUGGCCCCCAGACCUCCGCCCAUGGUGGUCCCUGCAGCCUUUGUUCCUGCCCCUCCGGUGCCCCAGCCCCCCAGUGCUGCCCCAGCCCCGCUGCCCCCUGUUCACCCGCCCCCUCCUCACGAGGACGAACCUGCCAGCAAGAAAAUGAAGACGGAGGACAACCUCAUUCCCGAGGAAGAGUUCCUGCGGCGGAACAAGGGCCCUGUGUCUGUCAAGGUCCAGGUCCCCAAUAUGCAGGACAAGACAGAAUGGAAGCUCAGCGGGCAGGUGCUCAACUUCACCGUCCCCCUCACAGACCAGGUAUCUGUAAUAAAGGUUAAAAUCCAUGAAGCCACUGGCAUGCCAGCCGGAAAGCAAAAGCUGCAGUUUGAGGGAAUCUUCAUCAAAGACUCCAACUCGCUGGCUUACUACAACAUGACCAACGGUUCCAUCAUCCACCUGGCACUCAAGGAGAGAGGAGGUCGUAAGAAAUGAGGCCUCGUCUGUCCACCAGCGUGGUCCUCUGCUGGCAGCAGUCUGGUUGUGGUUUCUUUUAAAAGUGAUCAGUUUUGCUUGAUCUUUUCGUUAUGUGAACUAUUCUGUAGUGUUUUUGCAGAAGUGUCCAGCUGUUCAAGAUAGUUGUCCUGGGAAUUGCAUUUAGAGUAUAAGAGCUGUAAGAUAUGUAUUUGUGCAUUAGCAAUGGAAACUACAUGUGUAGCUGGACUCAUUUUUAGACUUUCCAUGUUUUGAGGUAAAAUACUUUUCCUACUGGUGCAUGGUGAAGAGUGAUAAAGGUGAUGGUGUGAAGAAAGAUCUCCGCUGUAGGACUGAGCCGAUGGCCAGAAGCACAUUCCUCACCUGUCUCUGUGCUACUUUGUCUUGACCAUAAAUAAAGGCCUAUAAUUACUAAA